UACAGGUAUCUCAUGUAACUUAGUAAAGCAACUGUUUAAAUGGCGGUUUAUUUGAAGUUUCUGGUGAAGUUUGACUACCUCGUGAUCUCUAGUGAAAGUGAAUGUUAACACGGUAUUAAAUACUUUGUGACUGACGAGAAAAAACGUAACGGUACAGAGAAGUUAGCCCGUUCAUAAUAUUUGUAAAGGGACGACCAGGAAUAAGAACAGAGUUUACUGUGAACUGCUGUAUUGCUCUUCUAGAUUGUGGCGAUUCUAGUGCCCACAAUUAUUAUUUCCUGGCUGCCCAUAUUCGUUUAAGAGAAAAUGACGGAAACAUACAAGUGCCAUCAUGGACAACAAGAAAAAUGUUGAAAUAAAAAAAGAGGAAACAAAUGAGGCGCUCAUUGAGCAUAUCUCUUUGUAUCUUGACAAUCCACUGCGAAUUGAAAAGACUAGUGUUCAUGUAAAAGAAGAACCAGAACAGAAAUGGGACAGGGAUUCCUCUGAGCAUAACCUUCUUGAAGAUCCAUUGAUGAUCUCGUGGUCCACUGACUGUAUCAAGGAGGAUCCUGAACUAAUUUUGGGCGUGGAUGGAACUGAGGAUAUUUUUGGUCUGUUUCGCAAGGUGCUCACCAGUAUUAUUACAUUUCUUCUUCAGCGUAUCAGCUACGUAUGUAACUUCUUCAGCUUAUCAGCUACGUAUGUGACUUCUUCAGCUUAUCAGCUACGUAUGUGGCUUCUUCUUCCAAAAAUCAGCAAUAUCUUUACCCAAUGGCAAAGACCACAACCUUAGACAGAUAUGUACUCACUUGACCUAUAC